AUGCAAGUUUCUUGUCGGACAAAAAAUGUGAAUAAGUAUUAUAAAGUAAUAGGUGAAGUUGGAUCCGGUACUUAUGGUAAGGUUUAUAAAGCUAGGUGUCUAAAAACGAAUGAUUUUGUGGCUUUAAAGAAAAUUGAUACUAAAGAUUAGAAAAUAAUGGCUGAAGGAUUUCCAAUAACUGCAAUAAGAGAGAUCAAAUUAUUGAAAAUAGUGAAUCACAAAAAUAUAUUAAGAUUAAGGGAGAUAAUAAUAAGCAAAGCCUCUUUUAGAAAUAAUUUUAGAGGAUCUACCUUUUUAGUAUUUGAUUAUUAUGAUCAUGAUUUUGCUGGGCUUCAUAGACAGCGAAACAUCUUUACACUCCCACAAAUAAAAUGCAUUUUCCAAUAAUUAUUAGAGGGCGUCAAGUAUCUUCAUGAAAGCAAGAUCAUUCAUCGAGAUUUGAAAUGCGCUAACAUACUAAUGAAUAAUAAAGGAUAGGUGACUCUGGCUGAUUUUGGUCUAGCCAGAACACUAUCAAAUGUGAAUAAUCCAAAAUAUACCUACAAAGUAGUCACCUUAUGGUAUAGAGCCCCUGAAUUGCUCCUGGGAUAAACCAAUUAUAACACCUAGAUUGAUAUGUGGAGUCUUGGUUGUAUCUUUGCUGAGUUGAUUACAGGAGAAGUGCUUUUCAAAGGAGAUAUCGAAUUCAGAUAAAUGGAAAGGAUUUAUGAGUUGUGCGGGAGUGCAACUGAAUCGAAUUGGCCAAAUUGUGUUAAGUUGAGACAAUGGGAAGAGUUUAAACCAAGAAGGAAUUACGAAAGACUAUUGGUCAAGCAUAUUAAAGAGGUUUGUUCAGCUUAAAAUAAAUAAAUUGAUUAAGUGACUUUAGAUCUCAUAGAUCAUCUCUUGAUAUUGGAUCCAGAAAAAAGGUUAAAUUCAGUAUAAGCAUUGAAUCAUGAUUUUUUCAAACAGGAACCAAAACCUUGUUAACCUAGUGAAAUGCCUUAAUUUGAAAAAGAAUUCCAUGAAACAUUGUUAAAAAACGAAAUGAGAUUACAAUAGCAAAGACUCGAAAGAUAAUAAAUUAGACCAUUAUCAACUAAUACAUAGAAACUUUAAAAGGUUGUGCGAGAAGAGAGAAAUACAUCAAAGCCUUAAUAAUCAUCUCCUUCCAGAAAUAAACAAGAACUAGAUUUUGAAGAUUUAAUAAAACUUGAACUUGCAUAGGAAAAGAAAAAAGUAAAAUUAAAUUGA